AGUUAACAUUGUCACCCCCCACGUCAACACCGUCCUCUUUCCUGUACCCAUGUACUGCAAAUCUCUCUCUCUUCUCUAUCUGUUUUAACUUCCACCCCCACUUUGCUCUCUUAACACAAACCACUCUCUUCUGCAUUUCCACAAACAAUUUCCCUCCAUUCCGAAACCGACCCAUAUCACCAAAACUGUUCUAUCUUCCAAAGCCACCGCCUUUGCUUCCGUUAAAUCUGUGUUUGGUUACCCUUAUGGAAAAGGAGCCUCUGCUCCCAUACUUCAGCCCCAGAAAGAAGCCUCAACUAUGUCCCUUGCCAGAGCACGACGAAAUCGUUCUUCCAAUGACCCCUUCAGAAUUCAAGGACCGUCUCAUCUUUGGUCCUUCUCCUUCCUCUGCUUCCCCAAGGGACCCUUCACCUCUUGCUGAUGCCUUAACACUUUCUCACAAUUCCCCAAAAUGUUCCUCUUCUAACUCACAGGACUAUGCAUCAUCACCACUAUUUGAUUCCCAACAAAAACAACAACAACUCAACUCUUGGCUCCUUGACCCCAAUUACGAGUCGUGGCGGAAAACGAACCUUCAUCGGUCGAAAACCGCGCCGGCCAUGGCCGUGAUCAGCGAUUUCAACCCCCACUCCACCGUGCAAAGACCCAAAUUUGCCAGCCAGAGUAUUGUGUGCCAGGGUGUUAUUCUUCUUGCUCUUUAUUUGGCAUUAGGGGUUGUCAUUUAUUGGUUCAAUCGUCAUAAUUUUACAGCUACUGAGACUCAUCCUAUAGUUGAUGCAUUGUAUUUUUGUAUAGUGACAAUGUGCACAAUAGGGUACGGUGAUAUCACUCCCAAUAGUACAGCCACUAAGCUUUUCUCUAUAUUGUUUGUGUUGGUGGGGUUUGGAUUUAUAGACAUAUUGUUGAGUGGGAUGGUUAGCUAUGUGCUUGAUUUGCAGGAGAAUCAUAUGUUGACGGCAGUGAAGGGAAGGAGGGGUGAGAAGGAUGGGAAGUCUUAUAUAAUUGAUGUGAAGAAAGGGAGGAUGAGGAUUCGGUUGAAGGUGGCGCUGGCGUUGGGGGUUGUGGUGAUUUGUAUUGGGGUAGGUGUGGGGGUUAUGCAUUUUGUGGAGAAGCUUGGAUGGUUGGAUUCGUUUUAUCUUUCGGUUAUGUCAGUUACCACGGUUGGGUAUGGAGACCACGCGUUCAAGACCAUGCACGGUCGGAUCUUUGCUGCGAUUUGGUUGCUUGUGUCGACGCUUGCUGUGGCCCGGGCGUUCCUCUAUUUGGCUGAGGCGAGAGUGGAUAAGCGGCAUAGGAGGAUGGCAAAGUGGAUUCUUGGUCAGGAUAUGACUGUUUCUGAGUUUCUUGCAGCAGACAUAGACAAUAAUGGCUUUGUGAGUAAAUCGGAAUAUGUUAUAUACAAGCUCAAGGAGAUGGGAAAAGUAUCUGAGAAGGACAUCAUGCAGGUUAGUGAGAAGUUUGAUAGACUAGAUGCUGGCAACUGCGGAAAAAUAACGCUUGCUGAUCUUAUGGGGAAUCAUAAUUGAUGAGUUCAGUGUUGCCAAUUUGAGAAGGGAGUGUCAGAUUCUCAAGUUGAUGGGAACUUUCUUCUUCUGGGGAUUGGGAGGGAUAUCAGGUUGUCAAAGACGCAAGCUGGUGAUUUUCCCCUUACCCUCUUGUUAUGAUCAUUAACUCCUGACAUAAAGUUGAUGCUGCUGAAUUGCUGGGUUCUUUUGCCUGAAUUUCACAAAUUAUUUGGAGGAUGGUAAGGUGCAAGACACCUUGCUGAAAUUCGGGUAUGACCAAUCACAUAUUGUCAGAUUGAUGAGAUGGCUUGUGAUAAUGGAAGGGAUAAUUUUGAUUGGUUAAAUAAUUAAUCUGUACAUAUUCUUUUUGGAAAAUGAAUUGCAUUGAUUCUUUAGCAUAUUAUUUCUAGUGAGCCUCUCUGGGUUAGCCGUAUUACACAAUCAAUGUGUUCGUCUUGGUGACUUUCGUGUAUUGUUUUUGCCAAGAUGAUUCGAUUAGCUCAGGCGUAAUUAAAUAUGUUUCUUAUUUAAGUUCUUUCAUAAUUAAAUUCUUUGUUGAGUAAAGAUACUGCACUUGCUUAUAUUCACGUAUAUGCCAUUGGACAAUACUUCCAGUUGUA